UUUUGAUUUGAAAGUUAGAUCGAACUUAUAUGUUUUUGGACAGUUAAUAUUGUUUCAUUUACUUGCAACCAAAGUCAGACUAUGACAAUGAAGAAAAACAUAUCUGUUAUAUUUAUAGCUUCAGUGGUAGUGCUAAUUGGAACAAAUUGUGAUGCUGAAGUGUUGAAGAGGAAUGGUACUGCAGGGAAAAAUCUGAACGCACAUACUCUUGUUUCUUACGGGCGGGAAUUUAAUGAUUCCCUCAUAACAAUGAUUGGGAGGGUAAUAGAAAAUUAUCACGUUUGCACUGCGUGGUCAGAAUGGUCUGAAUGUGGAGCAAAGUCAACUGAUUUCUUCUCGACCAAAACUCGAACCAGGCGUUGUGGGGGACAGGGGGAAAGAUAUGGUCAUCGUGAUGAAAUUGAAGCCGGCGUUUGUGAAGGUAGCGAUGAAAAUACGAAAGUUUCGUGUCCUGUCAGUUAUCAUACGACCGCGAAAGGAUUUUGCCUAAAAUUGUAUAUGAACAAAAAAACUCAUUCGGAUGCAGAAGCCGUGUGCAAGAGUGACGGAGGCUUCCUCGUUCACAUUGAUUCGUAUCUAAAGUAUGAGAGUGUAAAGGCUAUGUUGAUAGACAAUGAUAUGAAAACAGAUAUUUACAUUGACGGAAAGCGUAUUAACUCGCAAUGGAAGUUUUCAUAUGGGUCCACAAGCGGAUAUAUUUAUAAGUGGUAUCCUGGAUAUCCUGGAAGUCAAUCUCACUAUCAAUGUUUAUAUCUAUCUGGAAAAAGGACCGAAGCUAACCUACGAUUCCUUACCUAUAACCGGGAAUGUACUAGGGGAUUUGGAUAUAUUUGCGAAAUACCUCUUUAAAAUUGAAUUUAAACGCAGAUGGAACGGUUCUUAUCUUACUAAUUCAAACCUUUAAAACAAAAUUGCAAACGCUGAAAUUUGAAAAGAUAAAUAUUAUUAAUUAUUAUAAUUGUUGUUUAGUUCAGUAGUUUCAAAUGCAAUAUCAUAAUUUAUUGUCUGAUAUAUAGAAUUUUUUGUAUUGCAAUUUUAAUCUACUGACUAUACUUAAGUGAAAAUGUGAACAUAAAAAUGUUUAUUAGUUUGAAACGAUGGAAUUUAAGUUGUUGGUGUCAGCGAUAAAUUGUGUAUAAUACUUUUGGUACUGUCUCAGACAUUUUGGCAUUUUUACUACGGUCCAGGUGACGUUGGUAAAACAAGAAUUCCUACAUAAAAUGUAUCAAAUAUUCAUGGAAUUUUAUAAAAUCAAUAGCUAUUGUUUUAAAACUGUUGUUAUUGUUUUAUUCGGUAAUUGUAUUACACAUUGUAGUUCUAUAACAUCGUAUAAUACUUUUCUAAUAAAAACGCUUAUCUAAGUCAAUUUUAUUUUGCUGUCGACUACAUCACUAUUAUCGAUGCAAAUGAAUUAAUAUUGAUCAACAUUGCGUUAUAUAUAUA